CGCCGGGCACUGUUGCCUCUCGGCACUUGCGCGCGACUCGCCUUCGUUUAAAAUAAAAUAAUAAUAAAAAUUAACAAUCGGAAGCCGCCAGCGCGGAGCCCCCGCGCCGGGUGGGCUCAGCCCAGAGGAAGCCCCCGGCUGCACUCGGGCGGCCGAAGCCUCACCCGCUUCUCUCCGCUCUCUCCCCAGGCGCUCCGGCCUCGCCUCUGCGCGGGGAAGAAAUCCGUCUGUUUCUCGAUCCUCGUUGUUAUUUUGAUUUUUUUUUUCCCCCCCUUCGUUUUAAUUUUUCUCUCACUUCACCUGCGAUCUCUCGAGGACCUCGUGGCGGUGACGGCGAGACGGAACGAAAAAACUCCUUUCGCACCGACUUUGUGCUCUUUUUAAAAAUUAUCGUUGGCUUUAAAAUUUUUUGCCUCUUUUUUGGGGAUUUUUUUUUUCGGGGACUCUUUUUGUCAGUUUUUUUUUUUUUCCUUUUCAUUUUCCCCUCCCCACCCCAUACAUUCGAUUUGAUUUUGAUUUUUUUUUUUUGAUUUUUUUUUUCCUGCGGGACUUUGGAGGAAAACUGCCCGGCUUCUAGCAUGAUGUCUUACCUCAAACAGCCCCCUUACGGCAUGAAUGGGCUGGGGCUGACGGGCCCCGCCAUGGAUCUGCUGCAUCCCUCCGUGGGGUAUCCGGCCACCCCGCGGAAGCAGCGGCGGGAGCGCACCACCUUCACCCGCUCGCAGCUGGACGUGCUGGAGGCGCUCUUUGCCAAGACCCGCUACCCUGACAUCUUCAUGCGGGAAGAGGUCGCCUUGAAGAUCAACCUGCCCGAAUCCCGAGUUCAGGUCUGGUUCAAGAACCGCCGCGCCAAGUGCCGGCAGCAGCAGCAGAGCGGCGGCGGGGCCAAGAGCCGUCCGGCCAAGAAGAAAUCGUCGCCCGCUCGGGAGAGCUCGGGUUCGGAGAGCAGCGGGCAGUUCACGCCGCCGGCAGCGGCCUCCAGCUCCGCCUCGUCUUCCUCCUCCAGCUCGGCCUCCUCAGCCCCGGUGGGCGCCCCGGCCUCUCUCAGCACCCCGGCGUCGUCCAUCUGGAGCCCGGCUUCCAUCUCUCCCGGCGCGGCUCCCGCGGGGGUUUCGGUGCCCGAGCCGCUGCCGCCGGCCGCCGCCUCCUGCAUGCAGAGAGCCGGCCCCGCCGCCUCGGCCGCCUCCGCCUCCUACCCCGUGUCCUACAGCCAGGGAGGGGGGUACGGCCAGGGCUACCCCGCGCCGCCCUCCUCGUCCUACUUCGGCGGCGUGGAUUGCAGCUCCUACCUGGCGCCCAUGCACUCCCACCACCAUCCUCACCAGCUCAGCCCCAUGGGGCCCUCCUCGGUGCCGGGCCACCAUCACCAUCACCCGCUGAGCCAGAGCUCGGGCCACCACCACCAUCACCACCACCACCACCACCACCAAGGGUACGGCGGCACAGGGCUGCCCUUCAAUUCCUCCGACUGCCUGGACUACAAGGAGCCCGCCGCUGCCGCUGCUGCCUCCUGGAAGCUCAACUUCAACUCUCCCGACUGCCUUGACUACAAGGACCAGGCGUCCUGGCGCUUCCAGGUCUUGUGA